AAUACACAAAAACACUGGUAUGUUAUGGAUAUGGAUUAUGUGACAGCUUAGGGACCGCUGAGUUCACAUUAUUUGGCAUAUCAUUUCACCAUGAAUUUACAGGACUUUUUAAAACUCUAGCCAAUUUACCGUAUUAUGUGUUUUUAAAUUACCCAGCAACAGUUUGAAAAGGACUGUCCAUUGUAGCCAUAUAACCAAUCCUUUGUCACAGCAUGUGUCAAGUAGAGCAAUGACAAUCCUCAAAUUAUUGAGAGUAGACCAGAUAAUUACACACACACACACACACACACACACACACACACACACACACACACACACACACUGACACCCACAGAGAGAGAUACAGACUGAGUUUAAGAAAACAUAGACAAGCAUCAGAAUUUUCCAAGGAGUCUCCAUUAUUUCUGGCUUGGGGUCUCUAAUGGUUUUUCAUUGUAAUUGCUAUGAUGUCAGAGUGUCCGUCCGCCCUAAUGGCCUCCUAAAAACAACAACAAGGACAGAUUGGUUCCAUUCACUGCAUGUUGUCCGGGAAGAGAGACACAGAACUGCAGCAGCUCAGACCUCUGCAAGAUUUUCAGCCAACAAGCAUGCAUCUCCAUCUCCAUCCCCUCUCCCUCUCUGUCCUCCUCCUCCUCGUUGCCGGGGCAGCCGUGGUGUGUGUGUCAGUGACGACCACGCUUCAAGAUUUCCGAGGCUGCGCCGUGAGAGAGUUCUCCUUUGUGGCCCAGAAGCCUGGCUGCAAGGGACUGCGCAUCACCACAGAGGCCUGCUGGGGGCGCUGCCACACCUGGGAGAAACCUGUUCUGGAUCCCCCGUACAUCCAUCGCCACCACAGAGUGUGUACGUACAGUCGUACCCGCCACAUGACCGCCCGCCUGCCGGGCUGCCAGCCCAACGUGUCCCCUCUGUACCACUACCCCAUGGCCCUGCACUGCCACUGCUCUGUCUGCUCCACACAGGACACGGAGUGUGAGACCUUCUGAUGGACUGGACACUGCUUACAGCUAACAAUGUUACCAACAGUUUUACUGAUGUUAAAUAAUAACUCUGAAUAAAAGAAGCCUGUCAAAACA